AUGGCAUCGCUGCAAUCAUUUAGAUAUAAAUCAUAUCUUACAAGACACACACGCAUCCACACGGGCGAGAAACCAUUUAAAUGCUCGAUAUGUUCACUAGCAUUUAGUCAUAAAUCGAAUCUUACUUCACACACACGCACGCAAAUACACACAGGCGAAAAGCUAUUUAAGUGUUCGAUAUGUUCACUAGAAUUUAGUAAAAAAUCUAAUCUUACAAGACACACACGCAUCCAUAAGGGCGAAAAGCCAUUCAAAUGCUCGAUAUGUUCACAAUCGUUUCGCUUCAAACAUCAUCUUGCAGGUCACAUGCGAGUACACACAGGCGAAAAGCCAUUUAAGUGCUCCGUAUGUUCACAAGCAUUUAGUGAUAAAUCAAAUCUUACAGGACAUACGCACAUCCACAGUAAAGAAAAGCCAUUCAAAUGCUUGACGUGUUCACUAGCAUUUAGUCAUAAAUCAUAUCUUACAAGACACACACGCAUCCACACGGGCGAGAAACCAUUCAAAUGCUCGAUAUGUUCACUAGAAUUUAGUGAUAAAUCAAAUAUUACAAGACACCGACGCAUCCACACUAAAGAAAAGCCAUUCAAGUCACACGCGAGUACACACAGGCGAAAAGCCAUUCAAGUGUUCGAUAUGUUCACAAGCGUUUUGGAAAAAAUCUGA